GCGCUGGAGCGGGAGCUGCGGGCGGAUUUGGGGGUGCAGGAGGUGCAGGUGAAUGAAGUGACCGGGAGCCUGCGGCUGAAGGGGGAUUGGGGGGUACCCCUGAGGAGGUGGCUGCUGGAAAAGGGGUUUUAG